CGUCAUUUGCCCCCUCAACCACAAAAACAAAAUAGCCAACAACAACAACAAACACAUUUACAAUGGGUGCCAAUGCAUCGACUGGUAGUUAUCCGCCUGUAAUGACAACAUCACAAGGUCAUUCAUCUGGCGGCGGUGGUAGUGGUGGUAUGCCAGCGGGUGCAAGUACUAGUUCAAGUUUAUUACUACCUACCACAGGGGCCAAUUCAUUACUGUCCGCUUCGCUAGGGGGUCCUGGUGGUGGUGGUCCCCAUUUUCGGGAACAACGACGUAAACGUGUUACUACGGGUUUUGCCACCCUUAAACGUAAAUUCAUAAGACGACGGCGUUCUUCAAAAGCCUGUGAUCAUGCUAGAGUGCUGAGAGAUUUUGUUUCGGAUUGGACUCCUUUAGAGCUGGCAGCAUUGUGUGAAGAAUAUGAAGCUUUGGCAGCACUAAGGGAUUUAUCGAUGCAAGCCGAGCUGGCACGUCCUCCCGCUACCACUUAUAAACAAGAUCUUGCUGCUCUUUUUGAAACGAAGACUUGUACAGACUGUGAUCUCGUCUUCCGUGGCGCCAUAUUUCCCGUGCACCGCUGUAUACUCUCCUCACGUUGCACUUAUUUUCGUGAUCUUUUAGCCGGUUGCCCCGGCUUUGGAGCUCGUAUUUGUCUCGAGCUACCCACCUCACCCAUAGAUGUUCAAAUGUUUGCCUCCCUACUAAGAUAUCUCUAUACCGGCGAUCUAUGUCCCCAUGAUGCCAGCAUGGAUAUUGGUCUGUUGCGUCAACUAGGCGAUGAUUUCGGUACGCCCAAUCCUCUCGAACAUGAUUUGCGUUAUCUGCUCGAAACGGGAGAUUAUGCCGAUGCUGCUUUGGUGUUUACCUCCGAGAAUGGUGGCGGUGGAGGAGGCGAUAGUGGCUCUUCAGCCAUGGGCGUAGUGGGUUUGGGUGGCGAAUACAAUCGUCCCGAUUCGGGGAAUUCAGAAUACGGCUUCCGACCGAAACUGGAAUUACCUUGCCACAAAGCGAUUUUAAGCGCGCGAUCGCCUUUCUUUCGUAAUCUCAUAGCUAGACGAACACGUAAUAUGGAUGCUGAAUAUGCAGAGCGUGCUCUGCAUGUGCCGACGCGUAUUGUGUUGGAUGAAACCGUGAUACCAAAACGUUAUGCUCGUGUUCUUUUACAUGCCAUUUACUUGGAUACCGUAGACUUAACAUUAAUUUUAAGGGGAGCAAAUUCGGGAACAGCAGCGGCUGGUUCGCUGGGUGAAGUUCAUGCCUUGACGGCGGGUCGAACACGACCAACACCGCUCGAGGAAGCCAUGGAACUAUAUCAAAUUGGUAGAUUUUUAGAAUUGGAUAUUUUAGCACAAGGUUGCGAGGAUCUCAUAUUGGAGUGGCUGACCUUAGACACUCUGCCAACGGUGCUCAAGUGGGGGAGUCAGCCCCACGGUUCUGCGUGGGUUUUCCGCCAAGCUUGCCAAUAUUUACGCGAAGAAUUCUCUGCAGUCAUCUCAUCACCUGUUUUGCAUCAACUCGAUAAAUCGCAACUUAUACACGUUUUGCAAUCGAAUUUUUUACAAGCUUCCGAAUUGGAAGUUCUACAGGCUGUACUCAAAUGGGGAGAACAGGAGCUCAUACGGCGCAUGGAAGAUCGAGAACCGAAUCUUUUAUCGCACACUGCCCAUUCGGUAACAAGAAAAGGUGUCAAGAAACGCGAUCUAAGUGAUGUGGAACUAAGAGAAAUACUCUCAGACCUUUUGCCAUUAGUGAGAAUGGAUCAUGUCUUACCGCCUAAUAGUGAAGUUUUGGCCCAGGCAAUACGCCGUGGCCUAGUGAGUACACCGCCCUCGCAUAUGAUUGGCGAU